AUGGCAUCAAAUCCAGGAUCUAACGCACGCGAUGCCCUCGUUAAAGAGGCCCGCAAAUACCGCAGUCUGAACUCCAUCAUGUCAUGGCUAGACCGGUACAUAGCAUGGCCAUUACCGCCGCGUCCAUCAUUAGUCCUCAAAAUCCCAUGCAAAACCAGCAAAGAACCAGGAGAAAUCCAACUCUACUUUUUCACUGCUUCCGCAGAAUCAACAGACGGAAGAGCAGAUAAUUUAUCAGCAAAACGACCCGUUCUCAUCAACUUCCACGGCGGCGGCUUUUCCAUCGGCCAUCCCUUGGAUGAUUCGCGAUGGUUCGCAGCCGUGCUACACGCUCACCCAGGUGCGGUGGUGGUGAGUGUAGGCUACCGACUUGCCCCCGAGUACCCAUUCCCCAUCGGAAUCGAAGAUGGAACCGAUGCUAUCCUUUGGCUCUGGGAGAAUGCCUUCAGAUAUAACCUCGACCCGGACCGAUUUGCUAUCAGCGGGUUUAGCGCCGGUGGUAAUCUAGCAUUCACAGUUCCACUCAGGCUACAUGAAGAGCUUGCGAAGCAACAAGUUGCGAAAACAGUGCGACUGGCCGGUAUCGUUGCCUUUUACCCACCGGUCGACUGGACGAAAACGCGCGAUGAGAGAGAUGCUACGAACCCCAUCGCACCUCAAAAGUCUAUGACUCCCCAGUCUGUCCUCAAGUUCUUUGAUUCUUCUUACUUGGCUGAAGAGAAUCUGCCUAGGAAGCCUGGUUCGGAUGAGAUUGAUAUCGGGGAUCCAUAUCUUUCUCCGGGAUUGACCCCCUCGUCUCUUUUACUGGUGGCGUUUCCGCCGAUGGUCGCGAUCUAUACUUGUGGCUGGGAUCAGUUGCUCGUGGAAGGGAACAGAUUUCGAGACAGGUUGCAGAGGUUCGUUGAUGAGGGGGCGAUGACCCAUGUUGGGGGCAUGGAGAUCGAGGCGGUGAUUCAUGGGUUUGAUAAGAGACCAUGCUUCUUCAUGGGGAAUCCGAAGAGGGAUCGGAUGUAUGAGGAUGCUAUGAAGCAAUUGGAGGUUAUGUGGGAGGUUAAGGAUCUAUCUCAGGGAUCUAGUAUGUCUGAUCAUUCUAGUCAUGCUUGA